GCGAUAUUUUGGAUUCAAGUUAUGGAACAAGCACAGAUUACGUAAACUUAAAGAAGUAAAUUUUCAAAUUAUUGUUAGAAGAUAUAUCAAAUUAAUCUUUCAUUUAUAAUUUGUAGACGUCUUAGUGCUUGGCUACAUACAGAACUUCAAUUUCCCCUGCAUCUUGUUCUUAUUGGCUCCAUCAAAACUACAGAUAGCUCCAUAAAUGGAACGAUGAAUGAUUGCACUGGCAGCUACCAGGAUGACAACGUUAGUUCGAAACAGCCUUCACAGAUGCAUGAAAGAGAGAAUCUAUUGGACUCAACGGAUUCAAAGGAAGGUUUCUCAAAUGAUUAUUCAAAAAUUUUAGAUGCCUUUACAACUAGCGGCACAAAAAUCGUCCCAAAGAGCGAAGCAAACAUGACGCAGCCGUCCUCUGGUUUCGAUACUAGCAGCAAUGUGGACUAUAAUUUGGAGAAUCAAGCAGACCAUCCGCUCGAAAUCAGUUUCGCUGCCGAUUUGAUAAUGAAGGGAUGCAGUUUAAAAUCGGAGGAGAUACCUUUCCUGAUGGGCGAAAAAACGUCAUCUGAUAGCGAUGAUAAUUUAAGUUCAGAUCUUGACGCCUCAACAGCGAUGAUCUAUGCACCCCUCACAAGCAAGCUGAGUGGCCAGGCGUCUGGAGAGGAUAUUUCACUUGAAUCAUUAAGUCGGCAAAAAUAUCAAUACUAUCCCAGCUUCAAUCAGAAGCAAUUAGAUAAGAACAUCCUUAUCUCAUGGCUAGAUGAUUCAAGUGAUGAAUGCGAGCCCUUCUUGUUGAAUGACUCUGUUAAGCGAACACCGCAAACGGAUGAGCCCGAAAGUGAUAUGGAAGAGUUCAAUGAAAACAUGAAAGAAACAAUAUUUUUUAAACAAAAUCAGCUGGAAAAAGACAGUUUCGAUUCAAACAAUUCAUUUAACUCUGCUAACAAUCGCUCAUGUCCAUUUGAUACGACUAAUAAAAAUGAAAAUUUUGAAAAGAAAAGCAAUCUACAUAAUCAGAAUGAAACUACUUUAGGCAUACAAACAAUGAAUGUGCGUAAAAAAGCUUCAAUCUUGACACAACUCAAUGAUCAGAUGCCUGAAGCAGAGCGCAGGGAUACAAAUAUGGAAAAAAAGAAUAAUGUGACUGAUUUCUUUAGCAGUCAAAAUUCAUUUGAGGAUACUAAUGCUGGCAGCACCUACAGCAGGUUUAAAAGUGUUCUUUCAAACGAAGACAUGAAUAAUCAAAGCGCAUUAAGAGGUCCAACGGAUGAAGAAAACUUACUUCAUGAAAGUGAAGACGUUUUGGGAGACGAAUCUGAGUUCCUAAACCGAGUUCCUAAGUGUGGCGUUGAAAAAACUGAGUGCUUUCGUAAUAAGGUGUCAAAAGAAGGAACAUCUGAAGACGGGAAACAGUUGCUAACCACUGACGAAACAGUUACACAUUUAGAUUAUGCAUCAAAAACCGCUGAAGAAAAGUCUGGUAACCCAAAGACUGAAUCAAAGGAUGGAGAAAUGAAAGCAGAAAAUGAACAGAAGAAAAAGAGCGUAGCGUUCAAUAUUUUAUCCCUGAAGCAAACUGCCGUGAGUCAGGAGGAUGAAAAAAAAGAUAAUCUUGGUAUGGAACCUAUGGGAACAUUGUUACAUGAUUCUAAAUCUCGAGAAUCUCAAUCAGAUUUGACGGCAGCACUACGCUUCAUGACUGAAGCUUAUCCUUCUAGAGAUGGUAAUGAAGGAUUCACUGAUACGUUGGAUGGUAUUAAAGAUUCCAGUACUUUUCAUUUACCUGAGAAAGACAGUCCUCCCGAAGUUGUAGUAUAUGAAGAAAUUCGCCCGAUCCAAGAUGUCACAGGUAAUGAUGGCAUGCUAAUUACAGUGACAGAAAAAUCGGACAAUUUAGAAUCGUCAUCGAAAGGAAACAAAAGUAAGGAUUUUCAUCUGUACGAACUUGUUGAGUUUAAUUCUUAG